AUGCCCAGAAAAAAGAAAUCCGUGCUCGAGGAAGAAGAAGAGGAAGAUGUUUUCGGUGAUAAUGAAGACAUUGAUGUUGAAGAGAGGGAUAAAUUCCUUCGGGAUUUGAAUGAAUUUAUGGAGAAGAGAGGUACUCCUAUUCCGUAUGAUAAUCUACCACAACUAGGAGGAAGAAGAUUAAAUGUUUAUAAAUUAUGGCUUCAGGUUUGGAGUAGAGGAGGAUACGAGGCUGUUUGCGAAAAUAAACAAUGGACCGAGGUGAGAGAUGCUUAUCAAGUACCAAAAACUUGUACUAGCGCAAGUUAUAGCUUGAAGAUGUAUUAUCAAAAGUGGUUAUAUUCUUAUGAGCAGGUGAUGAAACUCGGAAAGGCUGAUCCUACUCAAAAACAAACUCCUCACGUGCUAGAACAACAGAAAAAAGAAGCAGCUUCGGGAGCUGUGGUGAAAAAGGUUGCCCCGACCGUUAAAAAGAGGGUUUUUACAUCAUCAUCUGGUGCAUCUAAAGCAAGAAAGACUGAAAAGGAAUAUCAACCAAAAAAGAAGCCAUCCACAUAUCAGAAUGCAUUGAAUUUUCAACAACUUGCUCAAGGUCUUCAGCUAGCAAAUAUUAGAAAACACCAAGCAGAGAUUGAACACAGUGUUUUGCCAAUAGAGAGUCUUGCAAAUGCAUUUGAGCAUCGUAUGAAUGGCUUUUAUACUAGAAGUGACAUUGACAGUGAUGACAUUAUCAAAGAAAUUGAGUAUGCUAAAAGAAUACACUGCUCUUUAAGAUCAAAUGAUCCUUCACUUGUAGAAUGGGCACUUUAUCAAAUUCUCCGAUUAUCAGAGAACGAACACUUUAGAUGUGAGCAUGUCAGCGACCUUCUUGAGUUUUGCGAGAAUUUUCUAUUAGAAUAUGCGUGUGAAAUUGAAAAACAGAAUAUGAAAGGUGAUCAAGACAUAUUUAAUUUAAAGGAUCAAAGAUAUAUGGAGUGCCAACACAAAGCAUUUAUUUGCAUUACCAUUCUGAGAAAUGCCUCUUUAAUAACAGAAAAUAGAAGCUCUAUUGGAAAGGCAACAGGUUUAAUUGAGACGCUCACUUUCUACCUGAGAUAUAACGUACAGGAUGUUGUCCAUUUGGAUUGGCGAUUACGAAUCAUGGACAUUAUCAUCAACGUUUCUGAGUUUAUCGAUUUCACUUCCAACACAAUAUUUGACAACGUAGUUAAUUAUACUCUAGAUACUAAUGAAGAAGAUGGAUUGCUGUUGUCCGCUACCUGCUUGGAAUGUAUCAACAGUAUCUUAAAGACUAAGACCAACCUACCUGUUAUUGAGUCAUUUUUAAUGAACACUCCGAAAAUGCUUGAGAAAAUUAUUGGAUUUUUGGCUUGUCCUUCUAUUACUAAACCCUCUGAGUCAUAUUUUGAUAAUGAGAACGAACAAGAAAAGGUUGACGAAGAGGAAGAAGAUGGAGAAAACAAGGAAGACCUAGGAAUAGAAAAUCAAAAAUUAACCAGAUCAAAUGUCACUUUUAAGCUUUCCUCUGUUGAGUUGCUGUGUAGGGCCAGCGCUCUUAGUUUUAUUUUCCAUCUAUGCCAAUCUACCACGAAUUCAUCUCUUUUAGAACUGCUUGCUAACAGUACUAGUUUCAUAGACAGAAUUGUAACAUUAAUAGUAUGGAAAUCGAAUUUAUAUAACAGAAUACACCAAUAUCCAUACAUCAUAUUUGAACAAGUCAAGGAUCAUGUUAGAGAGAACUCAGAGCGAGGAGAUGGUAAUAUAUUUGCCAAAGCUUCCAACCAUGAAAAAGAUGACACUGACGAAUAUGAUGAAAAGAACGACAUUGAAGAAUUGUAUGAUGGAUUUGAUAGCUGUUUUGCACAAACUCCAGAUGAAAAAACAGACACUCCAAAAAUUAGUGAUGCUCUCAAAUUCCAAAAGAAGUGUAUUGCAAUAUUGCAAACAUUAGGAAAACACACAGACGUAUUGAGAAAGUCGCCACAAUUCUCAACGUACAACAAGGAAUUCAUGUAUUUGACAUUGUUGACCCAUCCAAUCAUCUCAAAAGGAUUGACAUCACUCAUGCAUUAA